GGCUUCUCUCGCUGGUUCCCGGGGAAAGCGCUCCGAGAGGAGGCGGUUGCGGAAGUGGCUGGCACGGGCAGGAGAGCGUCAGCAGUUCCGCUGGAGGGGCGGGGGCGAGGAACACAAGGGUAUUCACCGGGCUUGUUGGGAGACUGCUCUAUUGAAGAUUAUGGCAAAAUCUGGAGGAAAAGGAGUGAAUCUAAAAGACAAACUGGAGGGCAAUGAGUUGGACUUGAGCUUGUGUGACCUGAAUGAGGUGCCAGUGAAAGAACUGGCAGGGCUUUCAAAGGCUACCAUUUUAGAUUUGUCCUGCAACAACCUUACUACUUUGCCAUCAGAAUUCUGCAGCUUGACCCACCUGGUGAAAUUGGACCUUAGUAAAAACCAGCUUCAGCAACUGCCUUCGGACUUUGGUCGCUUGGUCAACUUGCAACACCUGGACCUCCUGAACAAUCGAUUAGUUACCUUGCCAGUCAGUUUUGCACAACUCAAGAACCUGAAGUGGCUGGAUCUGAAGGACAACCCUCUGGAGGCUGCCCUGGCGAAGGUAGCUGGAGAUUGCUUGGAUGAAAAGCAAUGUAAACAGGCUGCCACCCGGGUACUCCAGCAUAUGAGUGCCAUACAAUCUGAGCUGGAUCGUGAGAAGCAACGAAAACUACAGGCAGAGCGAGAGCUGGAGAAGAAGCGUGAAGCGCAGCAGCGAGUGAGGGAAGCCCAAGAGAGGGAACUCCGGAAGCGGGAAAAGGCUGAAGAGAAAGAACGGCGAAGGCGGGAGUAUGAUGCUAUGAGAGCGGUAAAGCAGGAAAUGGCAACACAAUCAAGGAAAGAAAAAGACGAGAAUCCAAAGGCCUCGCUUUCCUAUCCAUCCCACCCACCCCAACACAAACGUUCCUGGUCCAGAGUUCUAUUGAAGAUGCUGCUGUUCCUGCUGCUUGGUGCCCUCAGUACUCUGGCUGUCUGUAAGGUUACAGAGCUGCAGCACCAGCCCAUAUGCGUCCGUGUGAACAUGCUCUAUGAGGAGGCACUGUCCCUUUUGCAAAGCCGUGAAAUCCUUCGGAACGUACUGCAGCCGAACACGCAGCAGUCCUGAAGGACUCUUUCCCCUUGCCCGUACCACCACCUGCUUUUUUUUUUUGGUUUUGUUUUGUUUUUGCAUCAGCGCAGCCAGAAUUCCUAUGGAAUUAAGCUCUGGUGGAAAUUGCCUUCAGCCAUUCAACGCUGGGUUUAGGUGGCCAAAGUUCAAACAGCGCCAAACCACUUGCCCGGGUCGCUUCGCUUCGACUGCAGUUCCUGCGGUAAAUCAGAAUUUAUUGCCAUUCCCUUCCUCCCUAGUGGAUCCUUUCCUGGGCUGCAAAAUACAGACUUGCUGGUCUGUAUGCAAGCAAGGAGAGACAGUACCCUUAGUAGCAGCCUUGCUAUGAGAAGUGAUACCUAUUUUUGUCAUCUUAAGAAGUUUUUGUAUAUGUUGUCUCUUGAGUGUUACUGCUAUAGCAAAUACAUGCUCACUUUGGAAACAACUACUGUACCCAGGAGGACUGAAUGUAUUCAUCCACGGGAGAGUGGAGUCAUGGUUAAGGUUAGCUUUCGUAUAUGCAUAUGUAAUUUUUCUAAGCAGCUUGAUGUUGGAUUUGUAGGUGGAAACUGGUGGUUGUGGAAUGUAAAGACAACCUACCUAAGGGGUGCUGUUUUUCGAAAACGCCUAUCUACAUCCACAUCUGCCAAUACCUAAUUCUUUUCUUCCCAGAUAUUUCUAUACCAACCAAUGGAAGUAUUAUCAAAGUAUUGUGAAAUCUGCACCCAAAGUUUAGCAAGUAACACGUCAUUUCAU